AUGGCCCAGGAUGCAGCGGAUGACCUUUGUGUCUGCACAAGCUCUAAGGGCUCCACAACACCUGCCUCAGCCACCUUCAUUGCCCUUGGAACAAUUUGUUCUUAUCCGCCCAUUCUGCCCAGGAAACUGACAGACUCCCUGGACCCUGGUUUCCUCUUGUUAUUUUUUCUGGGCACUGUCAAAUGGUUCAACGUCCGAAAUGGUUAUGGAUUCAUCAACAGGAAUGACACCAAAGAGGAUGUCUUUGUCCACCAGACAGCCAUUAAAAGAAACAACCCUCGGAAGUUUCUUCGAAGUGUUGGGGAUGGGGAAACAGUGGAGUUUGAUGUCGUGGAAGGAGAGAAGGGUGCAGAAGCUGCUAAUGUGACUGGUCCAGGGGGGGUACCAGUGAAGGGCAGUCGCUAUGCUCCCAACCGACGCAGUUUUCGUAGAUUUAUUCCCCGGCCACGCCCUGCUGCACCUCCUCCCCUGGUGGCAGAGGCCCCUACAGGGGUAGCAGAGCCAGGUAGUGAAGGGGAACGGGCUGAGGACCCCAGUCAGCGACCUCGCCGACGCCGCCCACCCCCCUUCUUUUACCGACGACGUUUUGUCAGGGGCCCUCGACCCUCCAACCAGCAGCAGCCUAUGGAGGGUACACAUGGAGUAGAGCCCAAAGACCCAGCCCCCUUAGAAGGUGACCAGCAGCAGGGAGAUGAACGGGCACCUCCACCCAGAUUCCGACCCAGAUAUCGAAGGCCUUUCCGUCCUCGGCCUCCACAGCAGCCCACCACAGAAGGUGGAGAUGGAGAGACCAAACCCAGCCAGGGUCCCACAGAUGGCUCAAGGCCUGAGCCCCAGCGCCCACGAAAUCGGCCUUACUUUCAACGUAGGAGGCAACAGCCUCCUGGUCCCCGGCAGACUGCAGCCCCUGAGGCUGAUAACAAAGAGCCAGUACCCCCGGGCCCACCCCCAGCAGGCCCUACCCAUCAGGAGACCCCAGCAGAGGCAGUCAAGCCCAUGCCACCUCCUGCGGACACACCUUCCCAGCCGCGCUUGGAGCCACAGCACCAGCUUGUGGAUACCUCAACCCCUAUAACCAGUGGGGACUCCCCUACCAUCUUACUGGAGUGA